UGAAGUAAAGUAACAGCUCUCCUGAGACACUAAACGCAAUGAUCGUCUGAGGUAAAACUAUUAAAAAUAUCUUUCGAAUCCGAAAUCCAAAAAUGAUAAUCGGCUAAAAACGGCGAAGGGGCGUAAGGGAGGGUGUUGCGCGGUCGCAGGAUCGCGUCGCUUCCUAGGCGGAGCGGAGGCUGGCUGGUGACUCGGUGACCCAGUUUCCCCCGGCGUCCCGACGCUGCACCGCGCGCCGUUCGUUCGGUUCGCGUCGAAUUCGUACGCGAGCAUGGAACCGAAGCGGCUGGAACCGCGGGCACCCUCGUCGUCGCUCCUCCAUCGUAUUCGACAUCGCCGACGCGUGGUCGUGUCCUUCGGCCGGUGUCGAGCCGCCGCCGCCGCUGCCGUUGCGUCGCGUCGACUCGAUCCGUGGUGGCGGUGCCCGCGUCCCGACGCCGUCGUCGUCUUCGUCCGUUCACGAUCGUCCUGGCUAGCGACGCUAUGCGCCGCGUUCUCUUCGCCAGCUGUUCCAGCCGUCUCGAGGUAGUUGUUCCGUCUCGCCGAGACUUCUCGUUCCUCGAUCUCCCCGUUCCCGAAAGAGGAUAGUGAUUCGUUUCGAUAGAGCGAGACUUUCGUAAAGAGAAUUUCCGGCCGGAUGGAGAAUCGUGAAGGAACGCCCCACAGGCUGUGCUGAUUAUUUGAAUCCAUGGAUUAUCGGAUGGUAAAUCCGCGCAGGACUUUCCGAUGUGUUUGAGGAUCUCGUAUCGGUUUAUCGAAAUUUUCUUGGGCAGCGUUCAGUACACCAGUCAGUUCUGGCAGCAACAUGGGUAGUAUAGCACGGUUUCCAAAGUUGGACGAGUGUGCCCACUUUCAUUACGAACAUGUUGAACUCAGUUCCUUGGAGGUUUCGCUUAGCGAAGGUACGAACGAUUCGGAGAGUUACGCUAUCAGGGUAACAUCCGGUGACGCGUGCUGGACCCUGCAGCGUUCUUACGACAAUUUUGUUAUGUUCGACAAACAGUUGCACCGUUGCAUAUUCGACAGGAAGUUCUCUUCCCUGACCAAACUUCCAGACACGCGGCCAAAAAACACCUGUGAUAUACUACGGGAUUAUUUGAAUAGGUUCUCCCAGUUGAAUCAUGAAGGUCUAAACUGCGGACCCGUGCUAAAUUGGUUGCAGCUAGAUAAUAGAGGAAGAAGGAUCCUCGUCCCGGAGUCGGACUCCUGCCCCAUUAAUACUCCUGCAGUAGCUGCGGCUUAUGCAGUCAGACCUUAUGUGGCUCAGGCACCGGACGAAAUCUCCUUCCAGGUCGGAGACAUGAUAUCCGUGAUAGAUAUGCCUCCGCCUGGGGAAAGUACAUGGUGGCGUGGGAAGCACGGAUUCGCAGUCGGUUUUUUCCCAGCCGAAUGCGUGGCUGUGAUUGGUGACAAAGUGCCACGGCAUCUUACCGUGUCGACGACAGUCAGAUCGAAAUUACCCGUGAAGCCGGUGCUUAGGAAGCACGGGAAACUGAUCGCCUUCUUUAGAUCGUUUAUAUUGAACAGACCGUCGAGGAGGCGUUUGAAGCAAUCGGGAAUUCUGAAGGAACGCGUGUUUGGUUGUGAUUUAGGGGAACAUCUUUUGAAUUCUGGUCAAGAUGUGCCUACUGUUUUAACAUGCUGCGCCGAGUUCAUCGAGAAUCACGGCUUGGUCGACGGUAUAUAUCGUCUAAGCGGUGUAACAUCGAAUAUACAAAGACUGCGGAACGCGUUCGAUGAGGAUCGUGUCCCUGCGUUGCAUUCCGAUGAAAGUAUCUUACAAGAUAUUCAUUCGGUGGCGUCGUUGUUGAAAAUGUACUUCAGAGAAUUACCGAACCCGCUCUGUACAUACCAACUCUACUCUACUUUCGUGAACGCGGUUCAAGCGAGCACUGACGCUGAAAGGCUAAGACGCAUGAGGGAUACCGUUAGAAAAUUACCACCGCCGCAUUACAGAACGUUAGAAUAUCUCAUGCGUCAUUUAGUGCGAGUCGCAGCUCGAGGUGCGGAGACCGGCAUGACACCGCGGAAUGUCGCGAUCGUUUGGGCACCGAAUCUCCUGAGAUGCAAGGAAUUGGAAGUCGGUGGCGUGGCAGCUUUGCAGGGCGUUGGCGUACAGGCCGUGGUCACAGAAUUCUUGGUCUGUUACGCGGAAUUAAUCUUCGGGGACGGUCCGGUCGGAAGGCCGAAAUCGUUGGCUAUUACAACACCGGCGAGAUUGCUCAGUUUGGAGGAGGCUCGAAACCGAAGCCUGAGAGGCGAGCCAGAUUACGUGGAAGUGGGCGCCGGUCCAGCUGGGUUACCGUUGCAUUACCAUACGGUCAUAGAAUUACCGCGAAAGAGAAACGGCUCGAAACGUUCACCCUCGUUGAACUGGAGAGCUUUGUUCGGGCGAGGUGGUUUAGGUGCCAGAGGAAAAACGAGACAAGUUGGCACGCCACCUCAAACAGAAACGGUGCCAAGUUCCUUACGACGGCUGAGACCAGUGAAAAGCGCGGACAGCUUGGACGGCGAAGAUAGUUUAGGCCCUCUCCUGGGACCGCCGCCGGCCAGGCCCGGACACAGUCGGUCAGUCUCGCAUGAUUCGUAUUUUGAUCAUCUGGCGGACGCACCGAAUACCGCGUCGCCGUUGGAUCUCUCGGAGAUACAACUUAACUUCGAUCUGGAGGAACGAGAGAUGCGAAUGUUCUCGGAGGAAGAGAGCGGUGGCGUUGCUUCAGUGGAAGCUUCCCCGCGAAGACAGAGAACGGAAGGGACCCAGAACGCUGCUGCCACCGGCGGCUCCAAGAGGAAAAGAUCGCGAUUAGAAGAAAGACUGCACUGCGACGUUGAGUUGCGCUUUAUUGAUAGCCAAAGUCCUGAUCAGGUGAUGGUAUCCGCAGAUGUUCAUAGUAUGGACACCCCGUCCCCUCUGCCUACACCGGGGUACCUUCCAUUGUUAUCCGAAGCUUCGACUCCACUGACACCUGCUACGUUACAUGGAACACCGCAUUCUAUAUCACCUGUACCAGCUAACAGCCCUAGAAUAAGCUUCCGAAGUUUCACCUUACCUUUAGAGAUCGAUGACGAACAGAGUAACGCGAACAAACUGAACAGAACUAGCGUGUCUUCCGAUAAAUCAUCCGACCCUAGUCAUAGGUUAUCCGUAAACUUAGAACGGCAGAGUAGCGCCAAAUCCUGCGAGAGGAUAAUGACUUACGACGACAAAGAGUCUUCCAAGGCUCAGGCGCCUUCGAAGGAGUCGGACCUAGUUGUAACGGACGUAGUCGACCAAGAGAUGACGCCUUGCGACAGGCUGAUGUCUCACCCUAGCGAGAUAGACACUACUAGUAAAAUAACGUCCCCGUGCAAAGAUGCGUGUAGCAGACCAAGUUCUUCGUACUCCGAAAAUAAAUCGCACAGCGAUAACAGAGACACGUUGGACGUACGGAAACACGACGCGUCGACGAACAAAUCGCAGAACGACAACGCCACUGCAAGCAAUUCGAACGCACACAGAAAUGAUUUAGGACUGCCAUUAUCCAGUGCGACCGAUCUUGAUUCUCCGAUGUCAUGCGAACAGACCAUCGAGGAUUUACCCGAUUCCGGUUUCGUGAUUUGCGACAGCUCCGACAAGAUGUAUACCAACACGGAAACGUCGCAAAUGGUGUCGAACACUAAUGAUUCUGGCGAAUGGGUUAUAGUCGAGACAACCGGCUCGAUCACGACGCCUACGAGCGAAUCGAGCAGUUCGAAGGAUCCGUUGGAAGGCACCGUGAAUAACGCGAUUGCGACGGACGCGCCGCGAUUAAGAUCCAUGUCGGAGAACGUGUCCAGAACCUCAUUGGAUCUCACCAUGGGCUCGACCGUCGACACGGAUACGUCCUGUAUCGGUGUCAGUGAUUUGACCGAGAGUCCUGUACUGCCUCAAGAGUCUGCGGAGAUGACGUUCGACGACACCAGGGAGCUCGAGGAACGCGAUACUACUGGUCAAAGAACUUCCGGUGUGUUCGACGAUGAAACCGGUUUCGGGGUAGUUGAUCCUGGCAACAAUUUCUCAAAUAUCGUGCAGUCGAACUUACACGAUCAAGAUAAUGGUAACCAGAAGAUGUGCACCGUCAGCAUGACUGAUAUUCGUCUGAACCAGAAACCUGCUGGGAUGGAUCACGAAGUGACCACUUGUUACACACAACUGGAUAACACCAAGGCUUUCAAUAGGAAUGAGAAUUCAGCGAAGGAAGUCGUGGAAGUAGAAGCGUUCGAAACCUCCCAAAGUCCUUCGAGGAACCUCGACUUCCAGCGUCAGGAUGUUCGACGUUCUUUGCAGCUGCAUCAGAACUCACAGUUCCAAGCAGGCGAUCGUCGUUCGUUUUCUGGUCAGUCGAAAAAGGAUCUCGACUUAUCAUUGGUCAAUACGGAAAACAGUAAGCAUCGGUGUCAGAGCCAGAAGUCGGAAAAGUGCCAAAGUUUUGAGUACUUGCCGAAGGAAUCCGCCUCGAGCAAACAGUUUCUAACACGCGUUGAUGAACCUGCCAAAUGUAACAACGUGAACAACAGUCAACUGCAAGAGAACAUCGAAGUGGUAAUACCAUCGGAGAACGCGACUGAGCCUAAUGAAAUAGCCCAUCCUCCAGAAGGAGCGUCUGAAACGACGUCUCUCAACUCAUCUUGUACGUUUUCGAACGCUUCUUCGCCGGUAGACGAUUCCAUUGUGCUCCGAGACACGGCUGCUAUACUCCAAGAGUUGGCGUUGCAAAGAUUGUCCGGAGGUAUUGUCGGUGAUUUGUCUGCACCUCCCAGAAGAAGGUACGAAACCGAGAGCAUUAAGGAUCGAAGAAGCUUCGAUUCGGAAAUUGGCAGGGAAAUAGUCCGUGAAAGGAAGAUGAGACAAGAACUGGACACCGCUCGAGGGAAGUCAGAGGAGCCACCGGUGAACAGUGGCCAACAUUUGCCACCGUGUUUGAGGGCUCGUCACGCGAGGACCACGCGAGCGUCCCUCAGUCGAUCUCUGGAUGAGGCAAAGUUUAAUAAAAUGACAGUGGAAGCGUCUCUGCCUGUGAAACAGUCUUCGGAAGACUCGCAGCACAGUUCGACGCCGAAUGUCGGCGCCUCGAGUAACGCCUCAGGCAAUUCCGAUAAGUUACAUUUCAAGAAUCUUGGGGGUUUGGACCUGGGCGAUCCGCAGUGCAGGGAGAGGAUAGAAAAGUACAAAGAGGAGAGGAGAACGUUUUUGAGGGACAAGUAUAGAUCGGAAAGCUUCCGCGGAAUGUUAUCGAAGGCAGAAGACGAUGGAGAACAGGCGCUUCUAGCUAGAUUAAAGCAGAGAGCUUCUAGGCCUUCCCUUCAUUGAUAUUAAACUAAUUUUUCCUGGGCGCGCUCUGCUGAUCCUUUUCCUUCACGUGUUGUAUAAACGCCCCUGCCACUACGACGAACUUAUGGUAUCGAUGAUCGAAAGUUGAAUUAUUGUAAGUGCAACAGUCUCUUGUAAGAUAAACCAAGUAUUUUGAGAAACGAGAUUUAUUUUUAAAGUUUACUUUAUAUUAGUAAAAGAAUAUAGUUUCUUUGCAAAAAUAUUUUAUUUAUAAUUCGUUAUUAAAGUUAUAUAUUGUUGAGGAAUAUUUCUGAUACUCAUUUGAAAAAUUAAGAUUUGCAUUUAAUACUGGUUUCACAAUGAAACUAUAGUUAUAUUUUAUUUUGAAUCGAAUGGCACUUAAAAUAAAUUAGCUUUCAAUCAUUAAUAUAUGUAUUCCAGUGAGCUGCUCGUUGUAUCGAAUACUGCGUUUAACCCUUUGCUCUCAACAACGUUUCAUCGAGAUUAUACGAGGUAUGUUUGUUACUUUUCUUUCUUUUGAUUAUUUUAUCUGGGAUAAACUGUUGUUUCGUUUAUAUGAUAUAAUUGUUCUUUGUGAGAAGCUGAAUCUUAAUGUGAGAUGAUAGAAGAUCGAUUAAAAUGUAGUUUUAAGCGUGAAAUGCAUUGGAGCGAAAGUUGAA